UCGUUGCAAGGGUCAGCCCCGCCUGACUAAGCUAGUUUGCAGCUUAGCCUUGCCUUGAUUUCAUAAUUUGUCAUAAUUUUAAUAUAGACUAUAGAAGAGCUUCACGUGUCCGAGAUCUUCACUGUCAACUUUAGUUUGUAAUGGUAGAGUAUUUGAUAUCUGGUGAAACAGCUUAUGUUCCCGAGGACGGUCUCACUGCCGGGCAGCUCUUUGCGACCCACGAGGGACUAACUUACAAUGACUUUCUCAUGCUCCCAGGAUUUAUUGACUUUAGUGCAGAAAGUGUGGAUAUGUCAAGUGCACUAACACGUAACCUCAAGCUACAGACUCCAUUUGUUAGCAGCCCAAUGGACACUGUCACUGAGUCAGACAUGGCAAUAUCAUUAGCUCUAAUGGGAGGCAUUGGUAUAAUACAUCAUAAUAAUACACCCGAGAUGCAAGCAGAGGAAGUCCAUAAAGUGAAGAAAUAUAAGCAAGGCUUCAUACGGGAUCCAGUGUGCAUGGGCCCGGACAAUACGUUAAAGGAUCUCAUGGAUAUGAAGAAAUCCUACGGAUUUUCUGGAAUCCCUAUCACAGCAACUGGUAGGCUUGGAGGGAAGCUCGUUGGAAUAAUAACUUCACGUGAUGUUGAUUUCUUGUCCAGUGAUGCUAGAGACAGACCUCUUGGAGAUCUAAUGACUCCAAGAGAUGAGCUAGUUGUAGCUCAGCAUGGCUGUACUUUGGAAGAAGCCAACCAUAUACUACAAACAAGCAAAAAAGGAAAACUACCAAUAGUAAAUGAGAAUGAUGAGUUGGUAGCGUUGAUAGCUCGUACAGACUUAAAGAAGAGUAGAACCUUUCCUCUUGCCUCUAAGGACAGCAUGAACCAGCUUCUAGUUGGUGCCGCUAUUGGAACAUUUGAAGACGACAAGAAGAGAUUGGAUGAACUGCAAAAGGCUGGAGUGGAUGUUGUUGUUCUGGAUUCUUCACAAGGAAAUUCUGUAUUUCAAAUUGACCUCAUUAAGCACAUUAAGACAAAAUAUCCCAACCUUCAAAUCAUAGGAGGGAAUGUUGUGACUGCUCAGCAAGCAAAGAAUCUCAUUGAUGCUGGAGUCGAUGGCCUGAGAGUAGGAAUGGGCAGUGGAUCAAUAUGCAUCACACAGGAGGUGCUUGCAGUCGGGAGACCUCAAGGAACUGCCGUGUACAAAGUGUCUGAAUAUGCUAGAAGAUUUGGUGUGCCAGUUAUAGCUGAUGGAGGGAUACAGAGUGUAGGACACAUUGUCAAAGGACUAGCCAUUGGAGCAUCUACUGUGAUGAUGGGGUCUUUGUUGGCUGGUACUACUGAAGCCCCUGGUCAGUAUUACUUUCAAGAUGGAGUGAGACUCAAAAAGUACCGAGGAAUGGGCUCACUCCAUGCAAUGGAGAAGGAGGGAAGCAAGAACAGAUAUUUCAGUAAUAACGAUGAGAAGGUAAAGGUAGCCCAGGGUGUCAGCGGAGCUGUGGUCGACAAAGGUUCUGUCCUCCAGUUUAUUCCUUAUUUGAUUUCAGGUGUCAAGCACAGCUGUCAAGACAUUGGAGCCAAGAGUCUCACUUCGUUGAGGUCAAUGAUGUACAGUGGUGAGUUAAGAUUUGAAAAGAGAACAAACUCUGCAAUUACUGAAGGAGGUGUACACGGACUGCAUUCGUUUGAGAAGAGACUUUUUUAAUAUUGAAUAUACAGCAAAAAAUAAAAAUUUAAAUGUUUAUAUUGUUGUAUAUAAAAUUAAUAAUGACAAUCAUUUACCUAACCAAUCUAUCAUUAUUAUUAUUAUUAUUAUUAUUAUUAUUAUUAUUAUUAUUAUUGCCAAAAGUGCAUAAUACUUUAUUUAAAAACUUAUUAUUAAAAAA